AUGGCCAACUCGUCCACUCCCCUCGACGGCACUGUUAUCAAGAUCGAAGUCAUGACCGACACCAGCGACGAAGAGUUGGAGACGCACCCUGGCCUGCAGACCAAGCAACCGAGUGACGAGAGUGAACCUGAGCCCACCCCUCCCCCCAAACGCAAGCGUGGUCGGCCCCGGAAGGAGCCCAGCGUCGAAGUCAAGCUCGAGAUUGACGAGGACCCCAUUGUCACCCCCAAACGACGCCGUGGUCGUCCACCCAAGGCCGCCGUCGUCCAGCAAGAUACCAGCGAGUCUGCCCCAGUCCCAGCCAAACGCGGACGCGGCCCCCCACGGACAAACCCCGUCGCCACUGCCCCUCCUGCAACCCCUACUUCGACGUCAACAGGACGCGCCAGCCCUCGCAAGCGCAGCGGAGACGGCCACACCCCUUCACCCGCUAAGCGGACCCGCCCUGGACGCGGCACGGAGUGGACCGCCGACGAGCUUGGAAGGCUCUUUGCCAUGGCGACCAAGGGUGCGUCACUGAGCACCUUCUCCAACUUUGAAGGGCGGACCCCAAACCAGUGCUACAUGACAUGGCACAACACGCUCUAUCGGCGUCUGCUCAAGGCUGCGCGCGAGAAGAAUCAGAAGAAAGAUUGA